AUGCGAGAAUCUUUUGCUGAAAUGAUGGAAUUGAACAAAACAAUCGAUGCUGAAAUUCCGAAAACUGUUAAAACGAGCAGCGCUGAAAUUGGAGAAAUUGACAGAAAAGUGAGUUUUUUUGGCCUGGCCGAGAAAUUUGAAUUAUAAAUAUUUUCCAUGUGGAUUUUGGGCUGAAAAUUUAUUUUUACAUGAAAGUUUUCAUGAAAAAAAUCUACAUAGAAAUUAAUAAAUUUCAAAAAAAAUGAUAUUGAUACCAAUUUUAAUUCCAAAAAUUCUAUUUGAAUUAAUCAAUUUUCAGGUCACAAAAAUGUCGGCCGAUGCUCGAAAAAUGGUUUAUUCGUAUCUGAAAAAUUUGAAAUCUUUCAACAAAUCUCAACGAGUUCAAAUGUAUCAAGAAAUCCAAAAAGUCUAUGCAGAAAUCGAGAAAUUGGCAGAUAAAAAAGUGAAAUUGGCACAAGAAGCAUAUGACAAAAUAGAUGAUAGUAUAACUGCAAUGGAUAGAAUAAAUGAUAAAAUGGCUGAAGAAUUCAAAUCGAAAAAAGUGGAAAAUGCGAAGAAAGAAGUGAAAAAUGGUGAGUUUUCGGGAGAUUUUUGGCGGCUAUUCAAAAUUUUUAUUUCUCUAGAAACCCCGUCUCGAAAAGCCUCGACUUCUCGAAAACGCAAAUCAACCACAAUUCCUGACGCAAAAGCCGCAAAAUUCGCUGAAAGUGAAUCAUUCGCCAAUGAAAUUCAAGAAAUCACUCCACAAAUUUAUGGCCAAAUGGAUAUGCCCGUAAAUCCAUUUGAACCAGUCUACUGUAUUUGCAAAAAGGUUUCGUCUGGAAGAAUGAUUGGAUGCGAUAAUUCGGAAUGCGAAGAUGAAUGGUUCCAUUUUAUUUGUUUGGGAAUUACGGAAGAGCCAAAAGGUGUUUGGUAUUGUGCAAAAUGUGAACCACUGAUGCAAAAACAGAAGAAAAAAUAG